AUGUCAGCUCCCGUCGCCUGGCAGCCCAUCCACCUAGGACUUCGCCAACUACUCGACCCAGAAUAUGUAGCAUAUCACGAGCGAUAUCUGCAAUUUGUCCGGCCGGAUGAAACGAAACUUUGGGAUGGUUCGGCCCGAAGAGUUCCUUCCUUCGCCAUCCAUGGAUCGAUACCGGUCAGCGUGGGAAGUGUCCGAGACAUCCACCUGCCGCAUUGUCAGCUCCGAGUCUUCGUUCCCGUUCCUCAAACAGUAGAGGUGAGACAUCCAGCGCUGCUGUGGUUUCACGGCGGCGGGUGGAUAGCUGGUGGGCUGGACAGCGAGAAUGACUUCUGUGCAUACGUCUGCCAGACUGCACAGUGCGUGGUGGUUACAGUCGCAUAUCGUCUAGCUCCAGAACACCCGUACCCAGCGGCAGCAGAAGAUGCAGUCGAAGCUCUGACGUGGCUGAUCAAGGAAGCCACUAAACCCGCAGCCUUCAACAUCGACAUCGACCGUAUCGCCAUCGGCGGCCAUGGUGCAGGAGGCAAUCUGGCAGCGAUCCUGAUCAUGGAAGCGGCUUGUCUGUAUCCAUCUUUCAAACCUCGAUUUCAGCUUCUCAUAUUGCCCAUCAUCGAUGAUCAAGCCAUUCCAGGCAACGGCUGGAUCAACAUCCACUCUCCAUGGUCAACUCCAUCUCGAGCUCUCUGGCAACGAAGCAUGUACCUUCCUCGAGGCGUUGGCAGAGAAUCUGCACGAGAGGACUGGCAGACUUCACCCAAUCUGGCGCCGAAGAAGCUACUGGCAAAGAAUCCUGCGACCUGGAUCGCAGUGGCGGAGUAUGAUCUAUUCGCGACUGAGGCGCUGAGCUAUGCCCAUCAGCUCCGACAGACCAAUAUCCAAGCUGAUGUGAAGAUCUAUGAGGGCAGUACGCAUCUUCUGCUGGACCUCCAUGGUGUCUUGUCCAAAGGCCGACAGAUGAUGUGGGAUGCGGCUCGUCCCAGGAUAGAGGCCAGCAAAGACAGCAUCUCCCUAGCAGAUCGCCAUGUCACAUCACCAUCCCAUCAAGACCCAUCGCAGGAGACGCCCAACUAUGAUAUCAUCGCCUUCGAAGAGGGCGAUAAAUACAAUCCCUACAACUGGAGCAACUCCAAAAAGCUCAGCAUCAUAGCCCUAGGCUCCUUCGUGGUCCUCAAUACCACCUUCGCCAGCUCCCUCCCCAGCGGCGGCCGGCAACAACUGCAGCAACACUUCCACAUCACAAUCGAAGAACAACUCGUCCUCCCCAACUCCGUCUAUCUCAUCGGAUACGUCCUGGGUCCCUUCCUCUUCGCCCCACUCAGCGAGAACUAUGGCCGUCGAUACAUUGUUGUCGGUACCUUCAUCUGCUAUGCUAUCUUCAUGAUGGCAACGGCCCUUUCGCCGAAUUGGGCAGCGUUCAACGUAUUCCGAUUGAUGACGGGCAUAUUUGGAUCGACGCCGAUCAGUGUGACGGGUGGAUUGUUCUCAGAUGUGCUUGGAAGUCCGCUCUGGAGAGGAAGAAGCGUGGCGUGGUUCAUGGCCGUUGCAGCGUUUGGACCGAAUACGGCGCCUAUUGCUGCGGGUUACCUGUCGGGGUACGGAUGGGAACGGCCGUUCUGCUUCGCCCUGAUUCUAGCUGGCAUCACCAUCGUGCCCCUACUAUUCUUACCCGAAACAUUCGGACCUGCAAUCCUAAUGACGAAAGCGAAGAAGCUGCGAAAGCAGAACCCAGGCAAGGAGAUCUAUGCCCCUCUGGAACUCAAAGAGACAGGCCUCAAGCAACUCAUCAUAACAACCCUCGGACGACCCUUACGCAUGCUACUCACAGAACCCAUCGUCACCGCCUGUUGCCUCUGGCUCUCCAUCAUCUACGCCAUCAAUUUCAUGUUCUUCCAAGCUUUCGCACAGAUCUUCCCGCCUAUCUACGGCUUCUCGCCUGGUCAGACGGGUCUUGCAUUUCUCGGCAUAUCAGUUGGAUGCUUGCUGUCGUUACCACUCUGCUUCUGGUGGGAUCACAUUCUACGAAAAGCUAAAGCCAGCAACAAACCCUGGUCAUCCAGGGAGGAGUAUCAAAGACUUCCCCUCGCCAUCAUAGGAGGUCCGCUCUUCACGAUUAGUAUGUUCUGGAUAGGCUGGAGCGCGAGAUCAAGCGUGCACUGGGUUGUGCCGAUACUUGGUGGGAUUCCGCUGGGAUCAGGCUUCGUGCUCAUCUUCGUGGCUCUCGCAAACUAUCUCGUGGACUCUUACAAAAUCUAUUCUGCAAGUGCCCUGGGUGCCACCAGUAUCGCUCGGAGUACAUUCGGCGUGGUGUUACCUUUUGCCACAAAGUCCAUGUACGACACAUUGGGUGUACCUUGGGCUUGCAGCUUGCUUGGCUUCUUCAGUCUGGCUAUGUGUCUCAUACCUUUCGUGUUCAUUCGCUACGGGCCUAGGUUGAGAGACAGCAGUCCAAUGUGCCAAGAGCUUGCGAGGAUGCACAAAUGA